CCUCGGUCCCUCCGGCCAGCGGGGUGGCGCUGGCCUGGCAGCCGGGUCCCCGGGCGUCCUGUCGCGUCCCUGUGCGGCGACCUCGGCCCGGGCGCCCUCUCUGGGCAGCUCCGCGUGUCCCCAGGACUCAGUGACCUUUGAGGAUGUGGCUGUGAACUUCACCCUGGAGGAGUGGGCUUUGCUGGAACCAUGCCAGAAGAAUCUCUAUAGAGAAGUGAUGGGGGAAACCUUUAAGAACCUGGCCACCAUAGGAGAAGACUGGAAUGACCAGAGCUUUGAAGACCACAGUAAAAAUCCCCGGAGUAAUAUAAGAAGUCUUAUCGGAGAGACACUCUUAGAAUGUAAAGAAGGUAGUCAGUGUGGAGAAAUCUUCAAUCAGAUUCCAGAUCAUAUGCUCAACAAUAAAACUCCUCCUGGAGUAACACCAUGUGAAAGCAAUGUGUAUGAAAAAGUCUCCAUUGGUCAUUCAUCUUUUUUUACGCCCAUUAAAGCUGACACUGGACACAAAAGGAAUGAGUAUAAGGAAUGUACACAAAAGCCAUAUACACAUAAGCAGCAUGAGAAAGCCUUCAGUUAUCGGCACUCCUUUGGAACACAUGAAAGGCCCCCCACUGGAAAGAAACUCUAUGAUUGUAAGGAAUGUGGAAAAACCUUCAUUUCUCUCACAGGCUUUCGAAAUCACAUGGUACUGCACAGUGGAGAUGGACCUCAUAAAUGUAUGCUUUGUGGAAAAGCAUUUGCUUUUCGCAGUUUAUAUCGUAAACAUGAAAGAAUUCACACUGGAGAGAAACCAUAUAAAUGUAAACAAUGUGGUAAAGCUUUCCGUACCCCUGGUUCUGUUCGAACACAUGAAAUAAAUCACACAGGAGAGAAGACUUAUGAAUGUAAGGAGUGUGGGAAAGCAUUCAUUCAUUUCAGUUCCUUGCUUAUACACAAAAGGACGCACACUGGAGAAAAACCCUAUGAAUGUGAGCAAUGUGGGAAAGCAUUUGCUCAGCGGAGGAGCAUUCAGUGGCACAUGAGAAUGCACACUGGAGACAGACCUCAUGAAUGUAAGAUAUGUAGGAAAGCCUUUUACUCUCCUGGUUCACUUCAAAGACAUGAAAGAAGUCACACUGGAGAAAAACCCUAUGAAUGUAAGCAAUGUGGCAAAGCCUUAAGUUCUUCCACUUCCUUGCGAUAUCACGAAAGAAUUCACACGGGUGAGAAACCCUAUGAAUGUAAGCACUGUGGUAAAGCCUUCAGGUCUGGCAAGUUCAUUAGAAUACAUGAAAGGACUCACACUGGAGAGAAGCCCUAUGAAUGUAAGCAAUGUGGAAAUGCCUUCCAUUGUGUCCGCUCCUUUCGUAGACAUGAAAGGAUUCACACUGGAGAGAAACCCUAUGAAUGUAAGCAAUGCGGUAAAACCUUCACUUCUUCCACUUCCUUUCAAAUACAUGAAAGAAUUCACACUGGAGAGAAACCCUAUGAAUGUAAGCACUGUGGGAAAGCCUUCAGAUCUGCCAAAGGCAUUCGAAUACAUGAAAGGACUCACACUGGUGAGAAGCCCUAUGAAUGUAAACAAUGUGGGAAAGCCUUCCAUUAUGACAGUUCCUUUCUUUAUCAUAAAAGGACUCACACUAGCGAGAAACACUGUGAAUGUAAGCAAUGUGGUAAAGUCUUCAGUUCCACCUCCUUUCAAAUACAUAAAAGAAUUCACACUGGAGGGAAAUCCUACGAAUGUAAGCAAUGUGGUAAAAUACUCCAUUCUGUCAGGUCAUUUCAUAGACACGAAAGGACCCAUAUUGGAGAGAAACCCUAUAAAUGUAAGCAGUGUGGUGAUGCCUUCAGGUCUGCCAAGUCCCUUCAAAUACAUGAAAAAAUUCACACGGGACAGAAACCCUAUGAAUGUAAGGAAUGUGGGAAGGCCUUCUUUCAUCCUAGUUCCUGUCAAAGACAUGAAAGAACUCAUAUUACUAAUAUAUGAGAGAAAUCCCAUUAAUGUGUAGAACUGGGACAGCAUUCAAUUAUGUCAGUUCCUAUCAAACACAAAAAUGGAGUGGAGACUCUGAGAUAAUUGACUUUUGAAUUCAGAAGAGAGAACUGUAGAAGAGGACAAUAAAAUCCAGAGUUGGAUGAUUCCAUGGUAAAAUUCACCAAUAGGCUAUCUUACAUGAGAUUUCAAAGACAGAAAUGAAGAAGGAAUUAGUCACUUUUUAGUGGCACCAUACAGAGUGACAGCCAGAUUUAUAUGGGCUGGGUGGACCCCUGCCUUAAAUUCGUUUUUAUGAAUCCUUGGCUUGCCAAUGAAGAGUAUCCUCAAAAUCACUUCAAUUUCAUUUUCUUCUAUGUGUAGAUUUCCAGAGAUCUCCCUGGAAGUUCUACAUUAAAUAUCCAUCAGUGGUAGAGAGGAAAUUGAAGAGAAUUGAAUGAAAAGAACAAAAAUUCUUUAAAGACCUAAAAAAAAAAAAAAGCAAUCUGCAGUUGGUUUUUCUUCUAGCAUUAUAAUGUCUUUACCAGAGAGCUAAUUCAGACUGUCAUGGAUGGGAAUAGCCUCUCGUGCUAACUUUCUAGUCUGUUGAUUGAAUUGGUAUAAGUGGUAAUUUGUAUUGCAAGGACAUUUGUUCUUCCUAGUAGUGACUGUGUUCUUGAAUCAGCAUGACAGCUACAAUGCUGCCAUUAAAACCAAGUGGAUGGGAGCUUAUUCUCCUGCUGCACUGGGCAGUGACCAGUCUCACCGAGAACUUUCAUAUGAGAAUAAGCACCUUCCUCUUAUCAGGAAAUUUUUAGUGUUUUGUGUUAUUCACAGCUGAGUGUAAUGCCUCAGUUCAUUUUUUAUUAUGUUUUAUGUGAUUAAAAACAAUAUGUAUUUUUUUUUUUUGGCUACCAAAGUUUCUGUAUGUGUUUCCUAAAAAUAGUUUCUUAACUGUUUUUAACAACUUGUAUACUAACACAUUAUUCUCAUUUUCAAUUAAUGAGAUUAUAUAUUAAAAUUUCCUGUUGCCAUCAUGGAUUAGAUCAAGUUAUAAUGACACCAAGUUAUUCUUUUGACAUUGUCAGUCCAUAUUACCAUGUGCAUAAACUUCAGUCAUUUUUCCCUUUGUAUAUUUUCCUUUUCAUGGUACUAUACUUACAAUUUUUAUCUUAUUCUAAUUUUCCUUCAGUAAUAAUAAUCCCAGCAUCUAACUCAUGCUGUUAUGAAUUCUCUAUUGCUGGAGUCCCCAACCUAUGACGAGAGGUAUAAUUAUUUCAUUGUAUAUUACAAUGUAAUAAUAAUGGAAAUAAAGUGCACAAUAAAUGUAAUGUGCUUAAAUCAUCCCAAAAGCACCACCCACCCACUGCCCCCCCACUCCAUCUGUGGAAAAAUUGCCUUCCAUGAAAAUGGUCCUUGGUGCCAAAAAUGUUGGGGACUAUGGCUCUAUUGUCAAAGAUCACCAGUAUCAUGCCUGUUGUCAAGGAGGGUAUAAUAAAUUGUAGCAAUAAAUGUGGCUGUAAGCUAUAAAUGACUGUGACAUGUAUCAGUGAGAGGGUUCUCAAUAGAAUCUCUUACAAAAUUUGUGUUUUAGGUGCACUGAUUGCUAUUCAUGAAAUUGAGUCAUUUCUCUGUAAAUGGGUGCUGCCAAGAUGUGAACAUAAUUCUUCCUUUGCUAUCUGUAAUAGUUCUUGAUAGAGGGCAGAAAGACGGAGUGGAGGUUGCCCUAAGUGAUUAGAAUUACCAGUCAGUCACCUCAUCAGAACAGGGGAAUAAAGUCAUUUCUAUGAUUUGGAA